AUGGCGACCCCAGUCUUCAUUAAAGAAGGAGAGGAGGAGGAGGGGAGGGAGGAGGAAGAGGUGAAAGUCUUCGUCAAAGAAGAAGAAUCCUUCUCCGCCGAAGAAGAAGGAGAAGAAGCCCCCAUCAAAGAAGAAUCGGGUGACGACGAAGAACCCCUCCCUUCGCGUCGCAGCUCCAGACCCCCUCUCGGACCAUGCGUCGACCAAGCUAGUAUAUGGAUCCCUCAGAUGGACCUCCUCGGCUACCGGUCCACCUACCUCCCGCCCGUCAAUACUCGCACCCCAACGCCUGAAGCUGCGGGGGAGGACGAAGAAGAAUGGGUGCCGUUGCUGGACAGGGAGGGGUAUCCGCCUACUUUCAUCCCGCCCAUAGAGUCAGAUGAGGAAGAUGAAUCCGUGAUCAAGAAGGAGAAAGAGGAAGAGGAAGUCUUUUUCAAGAAGGAGGAGGACGAGGAGGACGAUGAUACCGAAUGGGUGCCACAGCUUGACAGGGAGCGAUAUUCACCGACCUUCUCCCCACCCGCGGAGCUCGAAGAGGAUGAAGUCGUUCUCAAGGAGAAGGAACUUGACAGCUCGCCAGUGCGUCUCUACACACCCACCCCCGCCGCUGCCUCACCCCUCACAGCUGAGCAGCCUUACAUCAGCUCCAGCAGCCCCUACAGGCCUCCCUCGCCGUUCGGAGACCCCUUUAUGUCCCCCCUGACGGGAGCAGCUGGCGCUGCGAGACUGUCGGCUGAGUUGGAGGCGUUGGGAGGCCGUGGCAAUGCCAGGGCGGGUUCUCAGAGAGUGCAUGGUCGUUCAGCCGAGAAGGGUGCUAUAGCAAGAGCAAGAAUUAGUGCCAGUCACAGACGCAGAGCCUUCCUGGCUGAGCCCCCUAACAGCCAUCGUGGAGCCACGACACCUGAGCACCAUCCCGACGAUAGCGAUGCUCGGAUUGAGCCCCCUAGUCCCCCGCGUAGAAUUAUGGUGCUUUCGCUUCGCCCUAACUUUGGAGCUCCGUCUGCUCCUGCUAGAAGCACGCCGUACAGUCCGCCUGGAUCCGUCAAGUCUGAGUACCCGAGUAGCCCGCCGAUUCUGCUGCUGUUUGAAGGUAGUCCUGAACCGGUACCACAGCUACCACCUCUUUCGGGGCGGGUGGGGAGUAAGAGGUCUGGCAGUGGGGAUGCGAGCGGAAGUGGGGGUGGGAUAAGGAAGAAGGGGAGGUGGGGGUAG